AUGGAUAUUACUGUCCUGCAAAAUCUCAGCCUGGAUUUGGUGAAAGACCCAAAGCGCUCCAUCCUAAUCACAGACGCUGUGCAUUCUGUACAUAUAGCCCUGGAACGGAAUCCUGCUGAUGUUGCCAAGUUCCAAACCGCGUUGGAUCAUCUUAAUGAUUGGGUUCGCGGACUCGGACAGUCGCUUCCUAUGGAGCUUUCUGGCAUUAAUUUCGAAGUCGGCAACGUUUCAUGA